CUAACUUAUAAAAAGCGGCCACAAAUCAGCAAUUUUAGUUGUGCCUGUGCUGCAGACGAAAUUGUGGUGAAAUUAGUUCUUAGAGUACCUAAGCCGGUGCGGGAAGUGUUCUAAAUAUAAAAAAUAAAUAUUUUAAAUAAUUAAUCGUGAAAACAACAAACGUCAUGGCUAAUCCAAAUGAAGUACCAAAAUAUACACAGCUUUUCAUCAACAAUGAGUUCGUUGACGCCGUCUCUGGAAAAAAGUUUCCAACUAUUAAUCCAGCAACUGGCAAGGUGAUUGCCCAAAUUGCGGAGGGUGAUAAGGCUGACGUCGACUUGGCUGUAGCUGCCGCUAAGAAAGCAUUCCAUAGGAACUCAGCAUGGCGCAAACUGAGCCCACUCGAACGUACAGCGCUCAUCGAAAAGCUCUGCAGUCUCAUGGAACGUGACAAAUACAUUUUGGCUAGCUUGGAGACACAGGACAAUGGCAAGCCAUUCACAUCGGCCAUAGGUGAUGUCAUGUUCGCCAUUAUGGCAUUGAAAUACUAUGCCGGCUGGACCGAUAAGUUUUUCGGUGACACCAUACCCGGUGGUGAUUUCGUUGUACAGACACGUAAAGAACCCAUUGGUGUGGCUGGUCAAAUCAUUCCAUGGAACUAUCCCCUGGUUAUGUUGGCAUGGAAGUGGGCACCCGCUCUCGCUGUCGGUUGUACGAUUGUCAUGAAACCCGCUGAACAAACACCACUUACCGCUCUUCAUAUGGCCGCUUUGUCUAAGGAAGCUGGUUUUCCUGCUGGUGUCAUCAAUGUCAUUCCCGGCUACGGCCCCACCGCGGGUGCUGCGAUAUCAGAACAUCACGAUAUACAGAAGGUCGCAUUUACUGGUUCCGCAGAAAUUGGACGCAUCAUUAUGCAGGCGGCAGCCAAGUCAAAUUUGAAGCGUGUUACGCUGGAAUUAGGUGGCAAGAGUCCAUUUGUGGUAUUCGACGAUGUUGAUGUUGACAAAGCUGUGCAGUUAACACACGACGCAAUUUUCCCCAAUCAAGGUCAAACUUGUUGCGCCGGCACACGCACCUAUGUGCACGAGAAGAUCUACGAUGAAUUUGUUAAAAAAUCUGUGGCUUUGGCAAAGGCUCGUAAAAUUGGUGAUCCUUUCGAGGCGUCAACUAAUCACGGUCCACAAAUCGAUGAGGAAAUGAUGAACAAAAUUUUGGGUUAUAUUGAAAUUGGCCAAAAACAGGGUGCUAAGCUGCAAUGUGGUGGCAAGCGCGUCGGCAAUGUCGGUUACUUUAUCGAACCAACGGUGUUCUCCGAUGUUACAGACAAAAUGAGAAUCGCACAGGAAGAGAUCUUUGGACCGGUUAUGUCAAUCUUUAAAUUCAGCGACAUUGAAGAGAUUAUCGAUCGCGCCAACGACGUGGAAUACGGCCUAGCCGCUGGCAUUCUUACCAAUGACAUCAACAAAGCGACGAAAUUCGCAAACAACGUGGAUGCCGGUUCCGUUUGGAUCAACUGCUACAGUGCAGUGCUGCCACAAGCACCGUUCGGCGGCUACAAGCAAUCUGGUAUCGGACGUGAGAUGGGUCGCGAUGGUUUGAACAAUUAUCUGGAGACCAAAACUAUCACCACCAAAAUAGUCUAAAUCAGCGCCGCAGUAGUUUGAUGCACAAUUGAACUAUUUUUUUUCACAUUUAUACUUUAAUUAGUUUUAUUACAUAAUAUAUUUCUGUUAUACACGCACACAGUGGUUAAAAGCACUAAAAAUUCAUAUAAAAAUCAAUAAAUAAUAUUUGAAAUAAAAUAAUGCAUUAAGGUAAAUAUUACAGAGUUGCGGCCAUCUCGUA